GCAGCCUCGGAGCACGGCACGAGCUGGAGCACUCCGUCGUCUCCUCUGCAAAAAAAGGGGAAAAAAAAAAAAAGGAAUUACCAGCUGGAAAAAGAAUAAUGGAACGUUGUCUAGAUGAAAAUUGUAACUCCACUUGCCCAGAUAUUCCCUAUGAAGAGAGUCAGACACUUCUGGUUGCUGUUUACAGCAUUGUUUUUGCUAUAGGCCUUCCAGCAAAUUGCUUAACUUCUCUGCUUACAUUUGUACAAAUCCAAAGGAAUAAAGUGGUUGCCAUCUACAUUUUCAGUUUAUCAUUGUGUGAGCUGAUGUAUUUAAGCACCUUGCCUUUCUGGAUUAUCUAUGUGAAAAAUGGACACAAGUGGACCAUGAGUGACACUGCUUGCAGAGUAACAGGAUUCAUCUUUUUCUGCAAUAUCUACAUCAGCAUUCUGCUUUUGUGCUGCAUCUCUCUGGAUCGUUACGUGGCACUGGUGUAUUCUCUGGAAUCAAGAGGGAGAAGAGGACAGAAAAAGGCCAUCAUAAUAGUCUGUUUUCUCUUUGCUGUGGUUGCAGUAAUCCACACUCCAGUAUUUUAUAUGGAAGAUAAGCAAAAAUGUACAGAUAUGAAAACCUGCUUUGAGACAGUGCCCCUUAACAUUUUAUUGGCUUCUUUCAGCUUUGCUAGAUUCCUAUUUGGAUUUGCCAUACCCUUCACAAUCCUCAUUUUUACAAACUACAAAAUUUUCCAAACUACAAAAAGAAGCAGCAGUUUGACUUGUCGCCAGAAAGCCAAAGUGAAGUAUGUGGCUAUUGCCAUUAUUGUUAUUUUCUUGAUCUGCUUUGCUCCAUACCAUGUGGUGCUCAUAAUAAGAGCCAUAUACUUUAUGUUUCAUCAGGACUGCCCAUGUCCAUUUGAAAAUAAGAUAUAUUCAGUUUUUACAGUGUUUCUGUGUUUAGGCACUGCAAACGGUGUUGCUGAUCCAAUCAUCUAUGUUCUGGUCAGUGAAAAUGUCAGAGAAGACUGUUACAGGAGCCUGAGAAGAUGGAGAUGGAACUCAUCCAAGCUGAAUUCAUCCAUUGAUCACAAUACUGACAGCAGGAAAUUGGAAACGCCAAAAGAAUCAGAGGAAGGGGGCCAAAGAAAAGAAAACAAAGAAAUAAAAGAUUCAUCCAACAUUCAGAAGGCCUGUACUAGUGGCAGAGACCAGGAAAGUGGCACCUAGCUGAUAGCUGCUGGAACAAAUAAGUUCCCAAUGCCAGCUGAAGGACACAAGUUUUUACAUGCUGACAUCAUCUUGUACAUCCUGCAUGGGCCAUUAACUCCUUGAGGACACUAUGGGAGCAAUAAUUCACAUUUCUGUUUGUCUCCUACAAUGAACUUUGCCCACCAGUAUCAUUGGUGAAAAUACUGCUUUGUGAAGGAUAUGUGGAAUAAACUAAGUAAUUUACAUUGACUCAAAUUGGGAUCUUAAAAGCUUAUUUUUUUUGACUGACUCUUUCUCAUAUGAAAUGAAACCAAAAUUUUAAAAAGCACUGCUGAGGAAGACAAUGUACCAUUCUUAUGAUUGAAAUUUUUGCUUCUUGAGGAGGUACAUGUUCAGGUUCUCAUACAUGUGCUCUGCUGUUAACAUUUGUGGUUAACCAGUGGAAAAUAUUAAAAAUGAGUAAGUAAGUUGUUCAACAAGAGCCUUGAACAUUUUCCUCGUAUACCAGUAUGUGGCUUCAGGUACAUCACACAUUCCAGAAUUAGAGGAAAAAAUAAGUGGCCUGAUAACACAGACCAACAGUACUGCUGCUGCAUUAGACAAGAUCCUGGACUACCCUGAAAUUCUUAAAAUGUACAAUUCUAAUGCUUGGUAGUUUACAAUUAGUAAAUUUUACUUGUUUUGCAGGCAGAUCUAGAAUGCACUGAAAUAUACAGAAAAUGUAUAUGUUUCCAAGUGGAGUCAGAGACUGCUUUUAUGCCAUCUGCAAACAUUUGUUGAACUCAUGUUUAGUUUCUGACUAAGCUAACCCUUCCCUUUUGUUAUUGACCCCACUUUUACUGUGUAGGAGCCUGUAGCAGGUAUGGGUAGACUCACAGGUGGUAUGGAAGGCCAGCAGUCUGGAGAGCACAGUCCUUCCUCACCACAGCUGGGAACUCUCUCAGAUAUCCUGGGGCAAAUUUCAUUAUUGCUGCUGCCACUUCUGUUAUUAAUAACUUAUUGAUAGUAGUGCCUUGUGCCUUCAAACAAGAAUUUAAAAGAUAAGAAUGAUACAAAUCUGGCAGUGUUCAUCUAAACAAUUCCAUCUUUUUGUGUGAUUCAACAGACACAUCAAGAAUCAGUUUGAGUAUGAGUUUGUAGAAUGUUUCAUAGCAUCAUUCCAUUUAAUCUGUGGUGUUGUAUUUCUGUGACAUGUUGAAAUUGUUAUUGAUGUUGACAUUUCUGCAUUGAAUUAAUAUUAAUAUAACUGCAAUACUUUUUAUUAUCUUUAAAUUGCCAUAGGUAUUUCUGUAUAUUAUAUUUUAUUCUUAUAUAUUCUUACAAUUUUGUAAAGAACCAUUAUGCCAAAAUUAUAUAUCCUCAAUUUAUUAUAUUUAUUGUGUAUUUCAUUUUUUAAUUAUUUAAUGACUCUGGUAUUUAUCUGUGAAAUCGUUUUGCCCUCAAAAGUAGUCCACAUAAUAUUAAAUUGGAGAUUGUUUCUUGGAAAAAUGUGAAAUUCUGUGGUGAUGCUAAUUAAAAAAUUCUGUAUUUCUAUUUUUA